UUUCUGUUUCAGUCCCCUCCCAAAGGUGCCACGAUCCCUUAUCGCCCCAAACCCCAAGUCGGUGGGCCAGUGAUCCUGGCUGGUGGGCAAGCCUACACCAUCCAGGGUAAUUACGCGGUGCCCGCCCACUCGGACAUGGGCAAACUGGGCAGCAAUCCUUUGGCUGGACUGGCAGCCUUAGGCCUUGGAGGUCUUGCCACACCGGCAAACACGGGUGGUCUUAAUCCAGCAGCAUUAGCUGCAUUGGCUGGGAGCCAGCUGCGUACGAACAACACGAAUAGGCAGCAACCGGCGGCGAACAAUCAGACGCAUGAGAUGACCGUGCCAAAUGAGCUGAUCGGUUGCAUCAUUGGGAAGGGCGGUACCAAGAUCGCCGAGAUCCGUCAGAUCUCCGGCGCCAUGAUCCGAAUCAGCAACUGUGAGGAGAGGGAGGGCGGAGCAACGGACCGCACGAUCACCAUAACCGGGAAUCCGGACGCCGUGGCGUUGGCACAAUAUCUCAUCAACAUGAGUGUCGAACUGCAGAAAGCUAACCUAGAGGCCCAUAAUACCCAAACCCCUGGCAGCGGUACCACUCCCGGAGCAUCCGGGGCCAGUGCUUCCCCCUCUACCACCACUACCACUGCCUCUCCCUUGGCCAGCGCCAUCCCCUUGGCUCAGCUGCUAAGCAAGCCAGGCGCCCUCAACGCCCUAUCUAGCCUCACCGCCCUCGGCGGACUCACGGAAUUGCUAGGUGGUGCUGCUGGCGCAGCUGCAUCCGCGCUACCGGUCCAGACUACCGGCGUGCACCGAUCGCACAAGACCUUUACGCCGAGGCUCCGUAGCCCGGGCGCACCAGGCCCGACCGACAGCGGCAAGUUCAAGUCCGAGCGUACCAAGUAUAAUCCGUACUGAACGAACAGACAAGCAGCAGGAUGAUAAUGAUGUUACAGGGGGAACACUACACAUAAAUACAAAUCUACUACUACAUACUUUUAGCGUACACUUGUGUAACACACCGAA